UAGUAGGACGGAUUUAUAAAUAUACUUGCAAAUACAUAUUGUGUAUAGCAUAUACAAUUCAAAAAACGAAUUCCAGAAAUAUUCUAGAAAUAUUUCACAUAAUGUAUUAUAGAGAAAUUUAACGUAUCAAUUCACAAAUAAUUUUUGCAUUGUGCAUGAUCACACUAUAUCUCUUCUACGAAGUAUACACAUUUCAUCUAUUUAUAUAUUUUAGCUUAAUUAUCUGCUUACGAAUGUGUUGCAAAAAUCAAAUGUUCAUAUUAAAGUACAUUUAAGUGAUAUUAAGAAAUAAAUACGGAAUAAUUAUUAUUUAAAUGUCCACUACUAGUAAAAUGGAAAAUGAGACUGAUCCAGUGGUUAAAGAGAUUCCAGUAUAUCUGUCAAAAACACUUGCAGAUAAAUUAUUUGUUUUUCAAUACCCCGUCCGUCCUUCUGGAGAAGGUUAUGACAAUGCCAAUUUCUUAAAAAGUUCAAUAAAGCCAGAGAAUCAGGAAGUUCGCAUAGAAGUAUCAAUUGAUAUACAUAAUGUCAAUUAUGAUAAAAGUAAAGGUACACAGAUUGCAAUUAAUGCUGAUGGCGAACCAAACACUAGUCAAGAAGAUGAUGAAAAGGCAUUUGAUAGUAAUAUUAUGGAUAAAGUAGUAUUACAAUCUUCUCGUGUAUUGCCAAAUUGCUCUAAUUAUGGAGUUGGCAUAUUUCAAGAUGGGGAGUUACAUAUAACACCACUAAAGGGAAUUAUUCAGUUACGUCCAGGGUUUGAUUAUCUAGAUAAAAGUGAUAAACGUAUAAGAGACGAAGCCAAAAAUAUGGGUGAAGAUCAUGAUGAGGAAGAUGAAGGUCCAAAACAAGUUAAUGUAACUUUUGCUAGACAGAAGCCUGAAUAUAUGAAAAAGAUGCAAGAGCAAUCUUUUCAACAUCAUACUAAAAAAAGUUUAGAAGAAAAUUGGAUUCAUACAAAUUAUGUUCCAGCAAAUGCUUCUCAAGCAGAGCUUACUCGUUUAGAAAUGUAUUGUUCUGCUACUGAUGAAAGUAUAAAUACAUUAAAUAUAUCAACAAAACAAUAUAUAGAUUUGUUAGUACCAAAAGUAAAAGAAGAAUCAGUAUCAGAUUUUGCCAACUCCAUUUCAUCUUUAAAUUAUAUUAGGAGUUUACCUCUUCUUGAUCAAAUUAAAACAUUCAUGAAAGAUGCCAAAGUGAUAUCUUUUGCGCAGUUGAAAUCAAUUUUAUCACCGGAUCAAGAAAUAGCAGCUAUUUUAAAAUAUUUGCAACAAGUAGCAGUUUUAGUACAGGGAAAUUGGGUUGUAAGUAGUGAACUUUUAUACCCAAAAGAUACAGUAUCAUCAUAUAAUGGUAUUCCUGCUGAACUUAUGUGCAGAGCUAGGGAUUAUAUUUUGUUAUCAUUCACAGAACAUGAAUUUCUAGAUCGAAAAACAAUUUCAUCUGUUAUUAAGUUACCUCCUGAUGAAAUUAACGAAAUAUUCACAAAUUUAGCAGUAUAUGAAACUAAAAAAGGAUGGCGUUUAGUCAUUCCAUCUACUAAAGAAUUUACUGAAAGUUAUCCUGAAGUUGCACAAAGACAAGAACUAUUUUGGGAAGCAAAACGGAAACAUUUUCGCGAAGCUAUGGAAGUUCAUAAUCAAAUUCCACAACGUCAGAGGCGAAAAUCAAACAGAGAAUCUAUUGGAUCUGAAAAUGAAGAGAGAAAUGUGGGACGCGGAAGAAAAGUAUUAAGAGAUUCUUCAGUAUCCGAUAAUGAUAGUGUAAUGGAACCUGUGAAACAUAAAAAAACUAUUCGAUCCCGCAAAGUAUCCGAAACUACGUGACCAAAGUUGAUGUGUGAUUAAUAUUGUAUAAUAUCGUUGAUUACAGAACGUUCAUCUGUAUCAUGUUAUAUUUCUUUAGAUUCACUAUAUAUUUCUUUAGAUUCACUGCCCAAAUUUUAUUUUCUAGUCUCAAUUGAUAACAAUUGACAAUACAGAGUCCAAAAUACAACUAUACUCGUAAAGAGAAAU